GGUCCCGGGAAUAUAAAACAAUUCCAUGAUAUAAAACUGUUGCUUGCUUUCUUGAAUCUAUACUGGUUCAAUCCCAUCAACUCACUCACUCUCUCACCCUCCAUGGACGCCUGCGACUCUUUUUCUGAUCAGAAACAAGAUGCAAAGACUGCACCGGGCAUUGAAAAUGCUGGCGACUUAAGAGUUCCUGUGUUAUCUUCAUCAGAGUUGCUCAACAAGCUGCAUGAGAAGUGGAAUUCAGGGAAGGAGAAACCAUACCCAGCAAUGUAUUCCAGCAUUUUUGGUGGUAUUAUUCUUGAUCCAGCUAUGAUGGUCAUUCCAAUAGAUGAUCAUAUGGUUCACAGAGGGCAUGGCGUGUUUGAUACAGCUAUAAUUUUCAAUGGGUACCUGUAUGAGCUGGAUGUCCAUCUGGACCGGUUUCUCAGAUCAGCAUCAAAAGCGAAAAUCUCUUCUCCCUUCUCUCGAUCAGCUCUCCGAAGCAUUCUCUUGCAGCUAACAGCAGUGUCACUCUGCAAAAAAGGAACUCUAAGAUACUGGCUGAGUGCAGGUCCUGGGAAUUUCUUGCUCAGCCCUGCUGGAUGCCCAAUGCCUGCAUUCUAUGCUGUUGUCAUCAAUGAGGACUUCUCCCAGCGUAAAGAUGGGGUUAAAGUGAUAACAUCCACCAUUCCAAUGAAGCCACCUUUAUUUGCCACCAUGAAAAGUGUAAACUAUCUGCCAAAUGUCCUGUCACUAAUUGAAGCUGAAGAGAAGGGAGCAUUUGCUUCAAUAUGGAUUGAUGAGGAAGGUUAUAUUGCAGAAGGUCCAAACAUGAAUGUAGGAUUUAUAACCCGCAAUAAAGAGCUUAUCUUGCCUUUGUUUGACAAGGUCCUCGGUGGAUGCACUGCAAAAAGGCUGCUUGAGCUAGCACAAGUAUUGGUCGAACAGGGGCAUUUAAAAGAUGUGAGAAUUGCCAAUCUCAAGGUGGAAGAAGCCAAAGACUCGGCUGAAAUUAUGUUUGUGGGGAGCACUCUUCCACUAUUAUCCAUCGUCACGUGGGACGAAGAACCCGUUGGAGAUGGAAGAGUAGGAGAACUGACUAUGGCACUCUCAGAUUUGCUGUGGGAUGAUAUGGUAGCAGGCCCUGAAACAAACAGGAUCCGCAUUCCGUAUGUGACGGACACUUCAAGUUGAUUUAAUCAUGGGGUCAUCAUUAUUCCAUCUUCCAAAGGUGCUCAUCUGUUGUUUUGUCAUGAAAUUUACUCAUUAGUUUUCUUCUCCAAAAGGCAUGAUGCAUCCUGCACCUCUGGGAGUCGAGCCUGCUGGUUUACUGCUAGUCCUUCACAGUUUCCAAAUUUGUGAGCUAUCCAUUUGUGUGAAAGGUACCGUUGAUGCUUUCCAGCAGAGUAAGAGGUUGCUUAAGCAUUGUAUUGUAAUUGAAGUAUGUGGUAUUGUCCUCCACAACCGACUUCAACUCUUUUUGCUCUCUGUAAUUCUCUUGUUAAAGCUGCUGUCAUUUCCAACACUACAAAGGGAGCCAGUUCAGCCCACUUUGGGCAUCUGGAGCCAUUCAUAUCAUAUUAAGUUUUAAAUAUACUAUACUCUAUUUUAAAUCAA